AUGACGAGAAUCACGAGCCCCGAGACUAUCCGGGACGAACUGAGACCCAGACUCUCGGCCGGAGCCUGCAUUCACCUCACCGACUCUGAAGAGUUUGGGAGAUCCAACCUCAGAUUCACAGACUAUGAGCGUCCGACGUACCUUGCGGCUGUCGAGCCGGCGUGCGAAGAAGAUGUGAUUCAGGUCAUGAAGUAUGCCCGGGAAAAAGGCAUUCCGUUCGCGCCACGGUCAGGCCACCAUGCUGUUACUACAACAAUGCGGCACCUGAAAGACGGGAUUCUCAUCGACAUGCGCCCGCUGAACAAGCUGGAAUUUGAUGCCGAUGAGCGACAAGUUACCGUCGGUGGAGGCGUCAUAACGGAUAACUUUGUCAAGUUUCUUGGCUCGGUUGGAAUGGAAGUCAACGUCGGUUCCUGUCCGACAACGGGCGUCAUAGGAGUGGCAUUCGGAGCCGGCCUCGGCCGCCUUCAAGGCAAAUACGGCUUCUUGCACGAUAACAUGGUGUCUUGUAAGCUGGUACUCGCCGAUGGUAGCGUUGUUCUGGUGUCCGAAGACUCGAGCUCCGAAUUGUUCUGGGCUAUCCGCGGAGCUGGGCACAACUUUGGUAUCGCGCUAGAAGCUACGUUCCGGGUAUAUCCCCAGGCAAACAAGGGCAUACAUUACACUUGGGACCUGGAGUAUACUGUUGAGCAGUGUGAUGCUGUCUUUGAGACUCUCAAUAACGUUCAUGAAGUUAUCCCGGCCAAUUUGGCCAUCUUCGUGCUGUGGGUUCGCCAGAGCGAAGGUGGUAGGAAGGCUAACAUGCCAUCUUCUCAGCACCACAUACUUGUCAAUCUUGUUUGGUCUGGCCCCGAAGCCGAGGCAGAUCCAUGGGUCCAGCAGUUCGAAGACCUGAAGCCCGUUAUCAAUAGCGGAAAGGUGAUCACGACCUGGGCUGAUCUUCCGUGGAAGACAUACAAAGGCAUGAAUCACGUUCUCAGUAAACCAGAGGUCUGGUCCAAAGCGCCCUACAAGAUGAUGGGAGCUGCUUGCGUGGAGAAGUUUGACCUCAAGACCACCCGGGCAUUCUUUGAGAGUGUCAGAUCCAUGAACGAAGAAUGGGCGGGCAAGGGCUUCUUCGGAGCCAUGUUCGAAUGCUUGCCCCACCAAAAAGUACGAGAGCUGCCCAGCGAAGCGACGGCGUUCCCUUGGCGCUGGGGUUCGAACCAUUUCUUAAUGCUCAUGGCGACGCCGUUGAAGCUUGAGUUUAGAGAGAAGUUCGAGGAGCAUCUUGAUCGAUGGAAGAAGGAGUUCAUCGCAACGUCGGGUUACGGUCGAUUGCAACAGUACGUGAACUAUGGCAACACAACAUCUUCGAUGCGAGAUCCCUCAGAGGCACUUUAUGGGUACGAGCCGUGGAGGCUAGAGAAGUUACGCGCUUUGAAGCAUCUUUACGAUCCUGAUAAUGUGUUUUGCUGGUAUCAGCCUUUGGUGGAGCCCGAAGCUUCGGAUGUUGCGAAUGUUAUUUGA